CCGGGGCGAGCGAGGCAGUGAUGGCGGACGCCUGGGAGGAGAUCCGGCGGCUGGCUGCUGACUUCCAGCGGGCGCAGUUUGCGGAGGCCACGCAGAGGUUGUCAGAGCGGAACUGCAUUGAAAUUGUGAAUAAGUUAAUAUCUCAGAAACAGCUAGAAGUAGUUCAUACACUUGAUGGGAAAGAAUAUAUCACUCCAGCCCAGAUCAGUAAAGAAAUGAGAGAUGAGCUACAUGUCCGAGGUGGUCGAGUAAACAUUGUCGACUUACAGCAGGUUAUUAAUGUGGAUCUAACUCAUAUUGAAAGUAGAGUAGGUGACAUUAUUAAAUCAGAGAAAAAUGUCCAGAUGGUGUUGGGACAACUAAUAGAUGAGAACUAUCUGGAUCAAUUAUCAGAAGAGGUGAAUGAUAAAUUACAAGAAAGUGGUCAAGUAACCAUCUCAGAACUGUGUAAAACCUAUGAUCUUCCUGGAGAUUUUCUGACACAGGCUUUAACACAGCGACUUGGUCGAAUUAUCAAUGGCCAUAUUGACCUUGAUAACAGAGGAGUAAUUUUCACUGAGGCCUUUGUAGCUCGCCAUAAAGCACGCAUCCGUGGACUCUUUAGUGCUAUUACCAGGCCUACAGCAGUGAAUUCUUUGAUUUCAAAAUAUGGAUUUCAGGAGCAGCUCCUUUACUCUGUGCUUGAGGAGCUUGUUAGCACUGGUCGCUUACGGGGCACUGUGGUUGGUGGACGACAGGAUAAAGCCGUGUUUGUCCCUGACAUCUACUCCAGGACACAGAGUGCUUGGGUGGAUGCCUUUUUCAGGCAGAAUGGCUAUCUAGAAUUUGAUGCUUUGUCUAGACUUGGGAUCCCAGAUGCUGUGAACUAUAUAAAGAAAAGGUAUAAGAACGCUCAGCUCUUGUUUUUGAAGGCAGCCUGUGUUGGUCAAGCACUCGUGGACCAAGUGGAAGCAUCAGUAGAAGAAGCCAUCAGUUCUGGAACGUGGGUUGAUAUUUCUCCUCUGCUACCCAGUUCUUUGUCAACUGAAGAUGCUGCUAUGCUGCUUCAGCAGGUGAUGAGACCAUUCAGCAAGCAAGCUUCCGCUGUAAUCUUUAGUGACACAGUUGUGGUCAGUGAAAAAUUUGUAAGUGACUGUACAGAACUGUUCAGCGAACGAAUGCGCCAGAAAGCUGAGAAGGAAAUGAAAAAUAAUCCUGUGCAUUUAAUCACUGAAGAAGAUCUGAAACAAAUUUCCAUUUUAGAAAGUGUUAAUACAAAUAAAAAGGAUAAAAAAGAUGAGCGCAGGAAGAAAGCAACAGAGGGUACUGGAAGUGUGAGAGGAGGAGGAGGGGGAAAUGCCAGAGAAUACAAAAUUAAAAAAGUGAAGAAGAAGGGAAGAAGAGAUGAUGAUAGUGGUGAUGAAUCUCAGUCAUCUCAUGCUGGAAAGAAGAAGCCGGACGUCACGUUUAUGUUCCAGGACGAAAUUGAAGAUUGCUUAAGGAAACACGUGCAAGAUGCCCCUGAGGAGUUUGUUUCGGAACUCGCAGAAUACUUAAUAAAACCUCUUAAUAAAAUAUAUCUUGAGGUGGUACGUUCAGUGUUCUUGUCUUCAACUUCUGCUUCUGGAACUGGCAGAAAACGUACAAUCAAGGACUUACAAGAAGAGGUUUCAAACCUGUACAAUAAUAUCAGAUUAUUUGAAAAGGGGAUGAAAUAUUUUUCAGAUGACACACAGACCGCGCUUACCAAGCACUUGCUGAAGACAGUGUGUACCGACAUCACUAACCUCAUGUUCAACUUCCUAGCCUCAGAUUUAAUGAUGGCAGUAGAGGACCCUGCAGCCAUCACUAGUGAGAUAAGGAAAAAAAUUUUAAGUAAAUUGACGGAAGAAACCAAAGUAGCUCUCACAAAACUCCACAACUCUCUGAAUGAAAAAAGCAUAGAAGACUUCCUUUCUUGUCUGGAUUCUGCAACAGAAGCUUGUGACAUUAUGGUGAAAAAAGGAGACAAAAAAAGGGAAAGGCAAAUACUAUUCCAGCAUCGGCAGGCGCUGGCUGAACAGCUGAAGGUCACAGAAGACCCUGCUCUUAUUUUGCACCUCACGUCAGUCCUGUUAUUUCAGUUCUCAACCCACAGCAUGCUCCAUGCACCUGGAAGAUGUGUCCCACAAAUCAUUGCUUUUCUGCACAACAGAAUCCCAGAGGAUCAACAUUCUCUCUUGGUAAAAUAUCAAGGUUUGGUUGUGAAGCAAUUAGUCAGUCAAAAUAAGAAGAGUGGGCAAGGAGAGGAUCCAUCCAGGGACGUAUUAGACAAGGAACAGCAUGACAUCAGCAGUACUAGUCGGAAAGAGCUUCAGGAACUGUCUUUAUCCAUUAAGGACCUUGUUCUCAAGUCCAGGAAGUCAUCUGUGACAGAGGAGUAAUGCUGCUAGUUACCUCUUAUUAUAGAGUAGAAGACCUUCUGCAAGAGUGUUUCAGAGGCCUUGGACGUGGUUUACCAAGUGAGAACACUGAGGAAGCAUGUAUUCUCAGAAAGCAGCCACAGGCACAGUGAGGGAACACACAAGGGGCACCAGCAAACAGGGCAGGGCACUUUGCGUGUCGAGGUGGCUAAGACAACAGAGGUGUUUCUUUGAUUAGCCCUGCGUAGAUUUCUAAGGUUGGUUUGUUUGGUUUCUGUGGCUGAUUUCACCCUGAGUUCUUUGAUGGAACCUGUGUAUUAAGUAGCUGGGCCAUUCUAAUGAACACAGAAUCUGUGUGUUUAAACCAUGCAGAACUUUAUUCUAAAAGUAGAAAUUUUUAAAAGUUGUGUUUUUGUUUUCUGUGAUUAUUGUUUAAGACUUAUUAAAACAGUUUCUUAGAACAAUAGUUUAAAUCAAGUAACUCCUAAGCGACGUCUUAUUACUAGUCAAAAUUUAGUUAUUUGAAACCAAAAUGUUUAAAGAAUGCUGUUUUAUAUAAUGCCUUAUACAUUGUUGAAAUUUUUAUAUUUUAAGAUGUUUAAAUACAAAGAUAAGACUACCUCUUUUCUGAAAUGUCAAAGUGUUAAUAUUGCAUGGAAAUAAUUACUAAGGUAGAUAAGUACUGGCUUUUUUUUUUUUCCCCCAGCAGCACAGGGAUGUUUUAUAACUUUAGUUCCAGGAAAUCCAAUGCUUUCUGGCCUCUGCAGACACCAACCAUACACAGGGGGUAUGAGAUUUUAUGCAAGCAAAAUACCUAUACACAUAAAUAAACAUAACAAAUGAUUUCACAUUUAUGUAAUUUUUAUUGCUUAUUUCUAUAUAAGCAAAGAAAGAAAAGUGGUAAAUUCUCCUGACCCCAAAAUCAUCUCUUUUUUUUUUAAUUCAGCUUUCAAAUUCAUACUCAGCUUACUCAACUUUUGUUUAAUAAUGUUAUUUAUGUUACAAAAAAUACCAAAGUAACCAUAUUUGCUCCACACUCAACUGUUAAAAUAAAUACAAUGUGAACUCAAUUUAAUAUACAAAAUAAACUAUAAAAAUAUAAA